ACCCCUUAACUCUAAACCCUAAGGUUUGGAUUAAUUAACCCAAGGGGUAUAAGUGUAUAUUACCUCUUUAAUGAAACCUAUUUUUGUGACUUUUAGCCUUGAGUGCUACUUUGGGAACAAAAACUUGGUUUAGUGCUAUUCUAGUCUUUUUCUCAAAAUCAUAACUUUGAAUUAGUAUUAUACUCUAACAACCAAUAAAUGUGAUGACUAUAUAACAAAUACAUUAAAUAUAUAUUUUUUGGAAAAUCUAAAAAGGAAUAAAAUUAGACUAGAUUCUUUUUUUUUUGUUCAAGGAAAAACAGUAAAUAAUAAGACCAAGAAACUUUGACCAAAAGAAUAAGACCAACAAACUAGAGAGAGAUAGUUUAAUAAUAAUGAAAUGAAAAUUCCAAGAAAAGGCCAAUGAGAAGGUUGACCCAACGUAUCUUAGCCUCGGACUUAAGGUUGGUAAAUAGGUUCGGGUUUUAAACUAAGGCAAUUUUAGGCUCUGGAUUUAGGUUCGGUAAGUCGACAUUGGGAGGAUUAGAAGUUCGAACGACUCUCCUCGUUUCUCUUCGCUUUCAAAGAACCCCAUCUCUCUCGCUUUCUUCCUCACAUUCUCUCUCUACAAUCCUUUUAACCUAUUUCUACAAAAGUGACUCUGAAAAGCCAGAUCCUUUACUGCAUUCUCGAAAAUGGCGAUCGAAAACCACGAGAACCCAAAUCGCAGAAGAAGCAUGGGAGGUGGUGGACCAGAGGAAGAAGAGAACCAGUGGCCUCCAUGGCUGAAACCAUUACUGAAAGAAAACUUCUUUGCUCAAUGCAACUUUCAUGGACACUCACCUAAAAACGAAUGCAACAUGUAUUGUUUGGACUGCACUAAUGGCGGCUCCCUUUGCCCUCUCUGUCUUGAACACCACAAAGAUCAUCGUACCAUCCAGAUAAGGAGAUUGUCCUAUCACGAUGUGAUAAGGGUCAACGAGAUUCAGAUGCAUUUAGAUAUCUUGAGCGUUCAGACGUAUGUGAACAACAGCGCAAAGGUUGUGUUUUUGAAUGAAAGGCCUCAGCUUGAGCGCGUUAGAGGAGUUAGAGUUACUAAUGCCUGCGAUGUCUGUUCUCGUGGCCUUGCUGACGAUUGCUUUUGCUUCUGCUCUCUUGGCUGCAAGGUAGCAGGAGCUUCUAGAAGCUUUGAGAAGGGAGUGAAGCAUACUCUAACGGAAUUAGAGAGUUCAAACAACAGUUCAGGAGUAGAGGAUAGCAUUCCAAGUCUCCAGAGUUUAAUCACAUCAACACCACAACGUCCUACUUCUACUUCUUUGAGAAAAAGACCAAGAAAGGGUAUCCCUCACCGAUCUCUACUGCAAUGAGUUUAGAUCGCAAAGAAGCAGGAGGUUGUGUUACAUUCCAAGGCUUCUUAUUCUAUAUUAGACAUCCUGAAAAGAGAUAGUAGCUCAAUACAAGACACAACAUAAAUGGUUUUAACAUUGGUCUUACUCCAAAGGAGGGCCUUUGGUUUGUAGUCAUCUAAUUAGUAAGUGUAUAUAUUCUUGUAUAUUCUCAAUGUGAUGAUGCAAAUGAGGCUAGACAAGGAGUAAUACAAGACACAACAUAAAAGGUUCUCACA